CUUCUUCUUCUUCUUCCUAUUUUUGUUUUUUUUUUCGAUGAAAAUGGUUACAUAGCCGGAGAUAGGUUUUGGGUUUCAUUUUGUCCUUUUGCAUUUUAUGGCGUAUGACUCGAUUUGGUGUUGCAUCCAAUUCCAUUUUCGAUUCGGACAUUUCCAUGCGUUCCGUUUGUCUCUGUCUGGUUUUCUUUUGCUUGAAGUAUUCUGCGAUCUUCGAAACGGUUGCUUUUGAUUUAAUCUUUGGGCGUGUUUCUGAGAAACCCAGUUCACGAACUCGGUGUUACUACGUACACACAUCGUCUUUUUCUAGUAUCAUACCUGUAUAGUUUCGUAUGAGGACUGCUUUGUUUGACGUGUGAUUAGAGAUUUCCUUCUCGAGUUCAGAUUUGCAAAAUGAGAUUCUUCUGGAGGUUCUGAGACUCGAUAUGGCGGUUUGAUCAAUGGAUUGGGAUCCCGCAUUGCUGUGAAUUCCGUGGUUUUGUCUGUAGAUUUUGGAGGGAAUCAUUUCUUUGAUGGGCAUUCCACGGAUUUCAAGUUUUAUGCUUUUUAUGGACGUUUCUUCUUGUUUAUGUGUGUGAAAUCGAAAGAACUUUCUUGCCUUUGUAUGAUAGGAAUAAUAAUCAGAUACCCAUCUUAAGAAAAAGUAUUUCCUCUUUGGAAGAGCAUACCAUAUUUGUUCUUUUCCCCCAUUGCUUUUGAUCAACCUGUAACUGGAACUAGAAUCUUUGGGAAAUUAGUCAACCUGUAUUCUUCUAGUUAAGUCCUGAAGGGACGAGCUUUUAGAGAUACCAUCUCAUUUUCGUCGACGAGACCCAUCUGCAAGCUUUUUCCCGAAGGCGCUCCCUCGGCAAUUUGCAUGUCUAUCCCUAUGGCCACACUUGAUGUGGGAGGACCACUUGCUUGUGCAGAAAGAACAAAAUCCGCCGACGCAAUUACUAAUAAAGAACUUGCAUCUAUAUUAAGGAAUGGAGAACUUUCCGCCGUAUCUGAGAAUGCUGGAUUCAGAGUCGGGGAGCUCUCGCUGCCCGAUGGCGAAUGCUACUCCGGUUCGCUGCUUGGAAAUAUCCCCGAGGGAUCCGGGAAGUACAUCUGGUCAGAUGGUUGCAUUUACGAGGGGGAAUGGAGGCGUGGGAUGAGGCAUGGGAAUGGAAAGAUGAUACGGUCUUCUGGGGCAUGGUAUGAUGGGGAGUUUUCAGGUGGUUAUAUGCAUGGUACAGGGACAUAUGUAAGUGCCGACAACUUAACCUAUAAAGGAAGAUGGCGGCUUAAUCUCAAACACGGGCUUGGAUAUCAGGUUUACCCUAACGGGGAUGUCUUUGAAGGCUCUUGGAUUCAGGGGAUGGCAGAAGGGCCGGGAAAGUAUACGUGGGCAAACGGAAAUGUUUAUCUCGGAGAUAUGAAAGGUGGAAAAAUGUUGGGGAAGGGUACUCUGACAUGGAUUAAUGGAGACUCCUAUGAAGGAAGCUGGCUGAAUGGCAUGAUGCAUGGAUUCGGAGUAUACACAUGGAGUGAUGGUGGAUGCUAUGUCGGAACAUGGACACGAGGUUUGAAGGAUGGUAAAGGUUCAUUCUAUCCUGCAGGGAGUAAGGUUCCUGAUGUGCAGGAGUGUUAUUUAGAUGCUCUUAGAAAAAGAGGCGUUCUACCGGAUUUUAGAAAACAGAACCAAGUUGCUUCUUCGGUUAAUAUGAACAGCAUCAGAGUCGGUAUGAACCAUGGAACCGGGCUCGGUUCAACUGAUAAACUCUCAAAGGGGAGCUUAAUGAACUUGGAACAGUCACGGAACGGAAGGGUCUCUUUAGAAAGACGAUGGAGUCUUGAAGUAUCUAUCGAAAAGGUGAUUGCACAUGAUUACUCUUCAGAUUUAUCUAAGCCAGGUUUAGAUAGUGGUAACGUCCGAAACAAAUCAAACGUGCCGGUAUUGGAGCGUGAAUAUAUGCAAGGUGUCUUGAUAAGCGAGCUCGUGGUUAACAACGGGUUUACACGACCAUCGAAGAGAGCGAAAAGGAGGCACAGAAGACUCGUGAAAGAGUCUAAGAAGCCCGGAGAAGUUAUUAUCAAAGGUCACCGGAGUUAUGAUUUGAUGCUCAGUUUGCAGCUCGGGAUCAGAUACACCGUGGGGAAAAUUACACCGAUACAGAGACGUGAAGUGAGGAAAUCGGAUUUUGGACCACGGGCUAGUUUUUGGAUGAAUUUUCCCAAAGCUGGUUCCUCGAUGACUCCUCCUCACCACUCGGAAGAUUUUAAAUGGAAAGACUACUGUCCGAUGGUGUUCAGGGACCUGAGGGAGCUGUUCAAGAUUGAUGCAGCUGACUAUAUGAUGUCCAUUUGUGGAAAUGAUUCCUUGAGGGAACUUUCCUCUCCUGGGAAGAGUGGUAGUGUAUUCUUCCUAUCUCAGGAUGAUCGGUUCAUGAUCAAAACACUGAGGAAAUCUGAAGUUAAGGUUCUUGUGAGGAUGCUUCCAGAUUACCAUCAUCAUGUGAAGAAGUAUGAGAACACACUUAUAACCAAGUUCUUUGGCCUUCACAGAGUUAAACCUUCCAGUGGUAAAAAGUUCCGGUUCGUGGUGAUGGGCAACAUGUUCUGUACAGAAUUGAGAAUUCAUCGGAGGUUUGACCUGAAAGGUUCAUCACUUGGACGCUCUGCGUACAAAGUCGAAAUAGACGAGAACACUAUACUUAAAGACUUGGAUCUGAACUACUGUUUCUACUUGGAGCCUUCCUGGCGUGAAGCCUUACUAAAGCAAAUAGAGGUUGAUAGCAAGUUCUUAGAAGCUGAAAACAUAAUGGAUUACAGUCUUUUACUGGGUGUUCAUCAUCGAGCUCCGCAGUAUCUAAGGUCGGGAAUGGUCCGAAGCCGGAGCAUGACGGGUGACGGGUUGGAAAGCGUGGCCGAGGAUGAUACUAUUGAGGAUGACAUGUUCAUGUUGUCAUAUCCGCAAGGACUGGUUCUGGUCCCUCGGGAGACAGACGAUGUGGUGGUCGGUCCUCACAUCAGAGGUAGCAGAUUACGUGCUCCCGCUGCUGGCGAUGAGGAAGUCGAUCUCCUUCUCCCCGGAACAGCCAGGGUGCAGAUACAGCUGGGAGUGAACAUGCCGGCGAGAGCAGAGGUGAUAGCGGGAAAGGAGGAACAUAUGUUCCACGAAUGCUACGAUGUUGUCCUCUACCUCGGCAUUAUCGACAUCUUACAAGACUACAACCUUUCCAAGAGGAUGGAACAUGCCUUCAAGUCCUUCCACUUCGAUCCUCGCUCCAUCUCCUCUGUCGACCCCUCCUUCUACUCUCUCCGUUUCCUCCGCUUCAUCCGGAGGGUCUUCCCUCCCUCCUCAAGAAAUGGAUGAUUUUUUUUUUAGAGCAAAGCGUUUGUAGUUUCGAUAUGGGAAAUUCCAAAAAAAAACAUCCAAUUAUGAAAUAAGUAUGACAUUAAUCA